GAGUUGGAAUACCUAGUCAGUCAGUUGUUACACACAAUAGUCAGUUCGUUACAAACACAAACGCCGGCCUCACCCUUCCUUACUCUCAGUUUCUCAAUCUCGCCGCCGGCGGAACUGCUUCAUCUCUCCGGGGGAACGCAACCGAAUUCUUUUCCAAUGACAGAGAAUCUGAAAGCGCCGAAGCUUCCCGUCGAAGGAAAGCGCAACAUUCUCAUCACCAGUGCCUUGCCUUACGUCAACAAUGUUCCUCACCUCGGAAACAUCAUUGGAUGCGUGUUGAGUGCUGAUGUGUUCGCUCGCUACUGUCGGCUUCGCGGUUAUAACGCUAUUUACAUCUGCGGUACUGAUGAGUAUGGAACCGCCACUGAGACUAAAGCCAUGGAAGAAAACUGCUCUCCCAAAGAGAUUUGUGACAAAUACCAUGCUAUUCAUAAGGAGGUCUACAAUUGGUUCAAUAUAAGUUUUGAUGAAUUUGGGCGGACGUCAUCCCCUGAGCAAACUGAAGUUUGCCAAGCAAUUUUCAAAAAGAUAUUCGAAAACAAGUGGCUAUCCGAGAACACAAUGCAGCAGCUUUACUGCAACACCUGUGAAAGGUUCUUGGCUGAUAGGCUUGUGGAGGGAACCUGCCCGACUCCUGGCUGCGAGUAUGAUUCUGCCCGAGGAGACCAGUGUGAGAAGUGUGGAAAGCUUCUAAAUCCAACAGAAUUGAAAAAUCCCGGAUGCAAGGUUUGUCAGAAAACUCCUCGUAUUCGUGAUACAGAUCACUUGUUUCUUGAACUCCCCCUAUUGAAAGAUAGAUUGGAAAAAUACAUCAGUGAGAUGUCUGUGGUUGGUGGAUGGAGUCAAAAUGCUAUCCAAACAACAAAUUCAUGGCUUAGAGAAGGGUUAAAGCCACGCUGUAUUACAAGGGAUCUAAAGUGGGGGGUUCCGGUUCCACAUGAAAAAUACAGUGACAAGGUUUUCUAUGUAUGGUUUGAUGCACCUAUUGGAUAUGUCUCAAUCACUUCGAGCUACACACGUGAUUGGGAGAAAUGGUGGAAAAACCCAGAGAAUGUGGAGCUGUAUCAGUUUAUGGGCAAGGACAAUGUGCCAUUCCAUACUGUGAUGUUUCCAUCUACUCUACUUGGAACUAGUGAAAAUUGGACUUUAAUGAAGACUAUUAGUGUUACUGAAUACUUGAAUUAUGAAGCAGGGAAGUUUUCUAAGAGCAAAGGUAUCGGAGUUUUUGGUAAUGAUGCGAAAGAUACUAAUAUUCCAGUUGAAGUAUGGAGAUAUUACUUGCUCACUAAUAGGCCGGAGGUAUCAGAUACGUUAUUUACGUGGUCGGACUUGCAAGCUAAAUUAAAUAGUGAGUUAUUGAAUAAUUUGGGCAACUUUAUCAACCGAGUUUUGAGUUUUAUUGCCAAACCUGCAGGGCAAGGAUAUGAUUCCAUUAUCCCCUCUGUUCCUGAUGAUGUAAGUGGUGACUCCCAUGGUCCGACCAAAAAAUUGGCUGAUAAAGUUGCUGCAUAUAUAGACCAAUACAUAGAAGCAAUGGAGAAGGUUAAACUAAAGCAAGGGUUGAAAGUCGCAAUGAGCAUAUCCAGCGAGGGAAAUGCAUAUCUGCAGGAAGCUGAAUUCUGGCGCCUCUACAAGGAAAACAAAUCUCUCUGCUCCCUUGUCAUGAAAACUGCAGCUGGGAUUGUAUAUCUUCUUGCUUGUUUGUUAGAACCUUUUAUUCCAUCUUUCACUCUUGAAGUAUUUAAGCAGCUAAAUUUGCCUGUGGAUACACAUGUUUCACUUUGUGACGAUAAAGGAGACAUUGAUAGGGUAAAAAGACCCUGGGAUAUCAUAAGUGCUAGUCAUAAAAUUGGAACACCCAAGCCAUUGUUCAGGGAACUGAAAGAUGAAGAGGUGAAGUUCUACAGGAAGAAGUUCGCAGGAAGUCAAGCUGAUAGGAUUGUGCGUGCAGAGGCCGAAGCUCAGAAUGUUGCUGAGCAACUGAAGAAAACGAAAGUUUCAGAUGGCAAUGUAAAGAAAAAACCAGCAAAAUCGUUAAAUGAAGUCAAAAAUAAAGCUGAAUCAUUCUGAUAAUGAGUUGUAGUUUAAACUCGCAUGAAAUAAUUUGGGGAAGAGUUAUACGUACGAAGAAAGACAAAUUUAGCUAUGGUUUUAUAUCGUUA